AUGAAAGAAUCAAACCCUAGUUGGAAGCAGAAAGAUCUUGUGAAGUGGGUAGAAGAUACUCAUGGUCUUAAGGUAUCGCAAGCAGCAAUAUCUAAGACACUCAAACGAUCAGCCGACCUCUUUCAAGAAGAAGGAUUGUUGAACCCAAACAUAAAACAUUCAAAGAUGGUAAAGUACCCAGCAAUGGAGUUUGCCCUCUAUGAAUGGUUUGUAUGUCAUCAAGAGCAUGUUAAUAUGAAUGGUGAAUUGUUAAAAGAGAAGGGAAAUAUUUUUCUAAGGAAACUCUAUCCCGAAGCUACCUCGUUUGGAUUUUCAAAUGGAUGGUUGGAAAAGUUCAAGCAACAACAUGCAAUUCAUUCCUUUCGUCGUUUUGGGGAAAGUGGUUCAGUUAAUAUGGAGAAAAUUGAAGCUAGUUUGCCAUCAAUAAGAGAGGAACUAGACAAAUGGGCUUGGAAGGACAUUUAUAAUAUGGAUGAAACUGGCUUAUUUUAUCGAAUACAAGCCGAUAACUCUCUUGCAACAAAGCAGUUGGAGGGUCGAAAGCAAAACAAAGAAAGGAUUACAAUUGUUAUUCGUUGCAAUGGCGACGGCUCUGACAAACUUCCACUUUGGGUCAUCGGUAAGUUUCUUAAUCCAAGAUGCUUUAAUAAUGUUAACCGUGAUAAUCUCAAUUGCAAGUAUCAGGCAAAUUCAAAUGCAUGGAUGACAUCUUUGUUUUUUAUGGAAUGGCUUAAGUGGUUUGAUAGUCGUUUAGAUAAAAAUGUCUUGCUUAUAUUGGAUAAUUGUACCGCACAUGGCAAAAAGGAGAAUCUCCCCCCAUUUCAUCAUACAACUGUUCUGUUCCUACCACCAGCUAGCACUUCCAAAAUCCAGCCAUGUGAUGCAGGCAUUAUCAGAAAUUUCAAAGGUUAUUAUCGGCAGUGCUUUAAUCGUUUACUUUUGAAACGGAUAGAAGAUCAUGUAUUGGAACCAGAAAAGAUAAGUAUCCUGAUGGAAUUGUAA